AUGUCCGAGGCGCUGUCGGCGAAGCUGCAGCGUGGCAUGGAGCUGGAGCAGCGCUGCGCGGAGCUGGAGCAACACUUCGAGGCGGCGCGCAGCCAGAGGGUUCACGCCGAGAAGGGUGCGGCGCCGGGGCUGGGGAGGGGCGGCGGAAGACUGCGGGAGGCUGCAGGCGCUGGCGGACGAGCUGAAGACCCAGGUCGCGCAGGGAGCCGACCGCUACGCGCUGUUGCAGGAGGAGCUGUCCCGGGAGCGGGCCUGCAGCCAGCGGCUGGAGCGCCAGGUCGACGAGAUGGGCGCGCAGCUCGCGCACGCGGAGGAGGCCCUGGCGGAGAUGAUGCAGAGCAGCGGCCACAAGGAGACCACCUCCUGCGCGAGCUGACGCAGCAGGUCAGCCUCUCGGAGACCAGGCUGCACGCCUACCAGAUCAACGAGCUCCUGGGCUCCCGCCACCGGUGCGAGCAGGAGUCCUCGAUGUCCAGGGGCGCGUCCUUCACCGCCGGGAAGGCGGGCGCCCACCGGGAGCUGCUGCCUCGCCACGGGAGCCCGGUGAACAAUAGCUGCGUGGAGACCAGCCUUGAGGACCGAGACCCGCCUGGGCACCAGCUGCGGCAACGGGGCGAGCAGCUUCCUGAGGACCUUCGACACCCUGAGCCGUGGGGCCAGCGGCGCCGACCUGAGCCGCAGCGGGCCCCCCGAAGGCCCGGCCGAGCAGCGCCGCCGCGGCCAGGCCGCGGCGGGCUGCGGCCUCGGGCGGAGCCGGAGCCUGGCGAGCCUCAGCGGGCUGGGCCACGGCGGCGCGGGGGCGGGCGCCGCCGCCACCGCCAGUGCCAGCACGGCGCCGGGGCGGCCGCCGCCCAGCCGCGCGCCGGAGCCCGCGCUGGCCGCCACCGCGCAGAGCUACAGGCCCCACCCUGGCGACAGGGUCGACGAGGCCGUGGCGGAGUUCGUGAACCUCCCCGAGGGCGCGGGCUGCCGGGCCCUCUUCUGCCGCCUCGGCGAGGGCUCGUACCUCUACGGCACCCAGCGCUGCAACCUUCGAGUCGGCCCCUCCGAGCGGCUCGAGGCGCUGCUGCUCGAGGAGGGCGGUUGGGUGCCCGUCGAGGACGAUUUCGUGAACGCCAUGGCCAGGCACCAGGGCGUGCACGUUCAGAGGGCCCGCGAGGCGGCGUCCUUCGGAGGCGGCUCGCACUGACGCGCCCAGGGCGUCCUUGCGGGCCCGUUUCUGGCGCGACCCACAGGGCCUGA